AUGAUGGUAAAUCUACCAUCAAAAUUGAAAUCGGCUCAAUGCUUAGGAUUUAUUUAUACUUCAGUUUAUGUACCAAAUGAUCUGGAUGUCGUGAAGUCGAAACUCGCCGCAUGUGUUAAUAUCGUGCCAGCCAUCACAUCCGUAUAUGAAUGGCAAGGUAAACUGGAAGAAGAAUCUGAAUUGUUGCUUAUCAUGAAAACGAAAUCAUCGGCACUUAAUAUGCUUAAAGAAAAAGUGAUUAGUUUGCAUCCAUACGAAGUGCCUGAAUUCAUUGCCGCUCCAAUUGAAUAUGGCAGUGAAAAAUAUUUAAAAUGGAUUGAUACACAGGUGAUUUGA